AUGACUGAGUUUGGAAAUCAAGAUGUCUACACUCUGCAGAUUAGAAGACACGUUAAUGCAGCUAAUAUGUCUCCAAAUUGUGAAGCUUGUUUGAAGGGCUAUUUGCAUGUUAACAGUUUGCAAGUACGUCAAUUUACGCAGACUGGAAAGUUGCCAGGAGUUUGUAAAGUGUGUAACAGUGCAUUUUUAAGAAUCUGUAGACUACAAAUUCGUCAUUUGACUCAGCAAGAGAAUCCUGCUCAUGUUUGUGAAAUAUGCAGCAAGUCAUUUACUCACGCGGGCAAUUACAGGAAACACAAAUUGCUUCAUGAGCAAAACGCAUCGCCGAAACCAGAAAACAAUGAAGGUGAUUCCACUGCAUCUAAUGUUAAAAAUGGUCCAAAGCCACCGUUUGUUUGUGAAAAAUGUGGCAAGAAUUUUCUGAAGCAAGGCUGUUUUCAAAAACACUGUGCCGCCCAUGAUGCUGUUGCAGCUUUUGUUUGUAACUUCUGUGACAAGAGAUUUAACUCCAGAUCCUAUCUAAAUGUUCACAUCCGCACUCACUUAAGGAGCCAGUGGCAUCAUUGUAAAAUUUGCAAGGAAGGGUUUUCGUCUAUUGAUGGCUUAAACCAGCAUAUGUCGUUGCUUCAUGCCGGUAUUCAAUCCAAAUCGGAAAGUUCCCCCAAUUGCACUGUGAAGGAGGAAGUAACAUCACAGACUCAGUCCAGCUCCGUUUCCCAGUCUGGUUCUUCCGAACCAACCUUUGUUGAUGAAUGUGGAGCUGUCGAAGAAGCAAUAGAACAAGAUGACAAGUUCAACCAUUUUUGUACCCUGUGUCACAAAGGGUUUGUUCAUAUGGGUGCUAUGAAAAACCAUCUUUUGACCCAUUCAGGAGAAUUGCCUUAUCAGUGUAAAACCUCCGGUCUUGGUGUUGCUUUUGUUCCAGAAGUAUUUUGUCCUCAAAAAUCAGAGCUUGGAACUUGA